UCCCUCUGUUCCUCUUUUUGCGGAAGUCUCUAUUUUCUCCCUCCCCGCUCCCUUCAGCCCCGUCUCUUUUUUGCAGAAGUUUGUUUUCCCUCACCCCUCCCUCUGUUCCUCUUUUUGCGGAAGCAACUUUUUCUACCUCCUUCUCGUCUACAGAAGUGUCUGUUCUCUCUCCGGUCACUCUGUCGGUAGCUUUCGCGUCGACUGGCCAGAGUCCGCGAGCUGUUCUCUCCACUCAUCUCUCCUUCCGUAUCAUCCCUCCAUCUCAGGGAACUACAGAGGCCUCUCAUUGGCUCAUCUCACUUUCUGGUUCUGCAUUGUCCCGAUUUGGUUAUGGCUUACCACAGCUUCUUGCUCGAGCCAAUCAGCUGCCACUCCUGGAACAAGGACCGGACCCAGAUUGCUCUGUGUCCCAACAACCAUGAUGUCCACAUCUAUAAGAAGGACGGGACCAAGUGGAUCAAGAUUCAUGAACUGAAGGAGCACAACGGACAGGUCACAGGUAUAGACUGGGCUCCAGAGAGUAACCGUAUCGUGACCUGUGGGACGGAUCGUAACGCGUAUGUCUGGUCUCUGAAGGGGGAGGUGUGGAAGCCCACCCUGGUCAUCCUCCGUAUCAACCGGGCUGCUCGCUGUGUCAGCUGGUCUCCCAAGGAGAACAAGUUCGCUGUGGGCAGCGGGUCACGCCUCAUAUCCAUCUGCUACUUUGAACAGGAGAAUGACUGGUGGGUCUGUAAGCACAUCAAGAAGCCGAUCCGUUCCACCGUCCUCAGUCUGGACUGGCAUCCUAACAACGUGCUGCUGGCGGCUGGAUCCUGUGACUUCAAAUGCAGGGUGUUCUCGGCCUACAUCAAGGAGGUAGAGGAGAAGCCCGGACCCACAGUGUGGGGGUCUAAGAUGCCCUUUGGAGAGGUGCUGUUUGAGUCCGGGCCCUCAGGGGUGUCUGGGGGGGCUGGAGAUGGGGCAGGAGGGGGAUGGGUCCACGGGGUCUGUUUCUCCCACAGUGGGAACCGCCUUGCCUGGACGUCACAUGACUCGACUGUGGCGAUCGCAGAGGGAGGCAAGACCAGCACGAUCAGCAGUCUGAGCUCUGAGACCCUUCCUCUGCUGUGUGUCAGCUUUAUCACUGAGAACAGCCUGGUGGCCGCUGGUCAUGACUGCUACCCGGUACUGUUUGUGUAUGACGGUACUAAGGGCUCAGUAACGUUCGGAGGGAAGCUGGACGUUCCCAAGCAGACGUCUCAGAGAGGGAUCAGCGCCAGGGAACGCUUCCAGAACCUGGACCGCCGAGCCACCUCGUCUGAGACCACCGAGCAGGGCCUGGAGAGUCUGCACAAGAACAGCAUCAGUCAGAUCUCUGUGCUGGAGGGAGGGAAGAGUAAAUGUUCCACGUUCUGUACCACUGGGAUGGACGGAGGAAUGGUCACAUGGGACGUCAAGAGUCUGGAGUCUGCCCUGAAGGAUCUCAAGAUAGUCUGAUACCAGCCGACCAGCCGACCAGCCGGGAUAUGAAGAAAUCUCACCUCUUUGCCUUUCUGCUUCUCUGCGUCUGUCUGUCUCAGCUGCUGCUGGAGACAUCUCCUUUCUGUCUGUCUCUGUUGAGCAUCUGCUCGAAGCACGGCAGCCAUGACAACGACGUCUGCAUUCCACAUGGCACCCUGUUCUUUUUAUAUAGGUAGACCAGGACCCAUAGGACACCAUUUGAGACACAUCUUGUUUGUUUUUGUUCUAUCUUCUUAUCAUCUUUGUUUUAGAAUCCAGAAUCCAGGAAAUGCUUCAGGUGUUCUGUUCUGUUCCGUCAGGUGUUCUGUUCCGUCAGGUGUUCUGUUCUGUCAGGUGUUCUGUUCCGUCAGGUGUUCUGUUCUGUUCCGUCAGGUGUUCUGUUCCGUCAGGUGUUCUGUUCCGUCAGGUGUUCUGUUCUGUCAGGUGUUCUGUUCUGUCAGGUGUUCUGUUCUGUCAGGUGUUCCGUCAGGUGUUCUGUUCUGUCAGGUGUUCUGUUCUGUCAGGUGUUCCGUCAGGUGUUCUGUUCCGUCAGGUGUUCUGUUCUGUCAGGUGUUCUGUUCCGUCAGGUGUUCUGUUCUGUCAGGUGUUCUGUUCCGUCAGGUGUUCUGUUCUGUCAGGUGUUCUGUCAGGUGUUCUGUUCUGUCAGGUGUUCUGUUCUGUCAGGUGUUCUGUUCUGUCAGGUGUUCUGUUCUGUCAGGUGUUCUGUUCUGUCAGGUGUUCUAUACUGAUAGUUGUACCUGGACAUACAGCUGUGUUCUUAAGAUUCACUUUGGCUUCUGGAAUUAGUUUACUUGGAUUUUAGUUUUGAUGUUCACACAUUAAUUUGUUGGAUUUACAGCACAGGACCAAGAAAAAAAUUAUAUCUAAACUUGAGAUUUUUCACUUCAAAUAAAAAAAUUAAAAGUAAAAAUAAAAUUGAAUGGACUAAUAACCCUUAGAUGACAGGUUUUGAUACUGACAGGUUUUGAUACUGCAGUCAGUGCAGUAAGUGCAGUCGAUGGUAUUUUGGACGUAGUAAUUUCAGAAUAACUGCAGUUAGACUGCUCUCUGACCGCCAUCUUUUUUUCGUAACGGGAAAUGAUUCUGAAUUGUAAUUAAUUUGGUUGGAGGCAGGUGAUUAGUUUACUGUGUUGAUGUAUUAUAUCUGUGGUAAGUUGCAGGUGCCUACAGGGUUAAAAAACAAAACAAAAAGCCAUUCAGCCAGUUUUGAAAAGUGGAAACAGGACAUUCUGCUCCGAUGAACUCCGUUAUCAAGUGUCGAUAUAUUAGAGCGCAACUGUUCGCUAAAGGACUUAUUAUAGUAGGACGCGUCAGAGUGGAAGGCUACAGCAGGUAUAUAAUCAUGAAGAAAGCCAAGCAGCGGUACCUGUUAAAUGCUUAUGCUGGUCAUAAUAUGCAUUUUAAUAAAUGAUUUACUAUCAUAGA